GCGGAAGUGGCAUGCGCUGUUUGCAGAGGAUGAAACCUGCUUGGCGAGCACGCAGGGGGGAAAGAGCCGUCAGAUGAGCAGGCUCUGUCACAGAAACACACAGGUGGAUAUGGAUCAUCUGGAAGCACGAAAUCCGCUUUGAAUCACUCUUGAGUUCAUGUGAGACUCCUCUGUGCUCCCUUUAAGAGCGGGCUGACCAGGGAAGAUCUUUUUUGGAGCAAUGGGUGCACUACAGUCCUCACCUGGACGGCCAGAAUAUAGUGAUCUGGCGGAAAAGACGGGCUUUUCAUUUGAACAGAUUGGAGUUCUGCAUAAAAGAUUUAAGCAGCUGAGUCACAAUGAAGAGACUCUACGGAGAGAUAAUUUCAAUGAAAUCAACGACCUAGCGUUAAAUCCCAUCCGCACACAGAUCAUAGAGGCGUUUUUUGACAGAAGAAACUUCCAUCAGAAUGGCGAGGGAAAAGUUCAGGAGAUUGGCUUUGAAGAGUUCGUGGUGGUCAUGUCCCAUUUUAGGCCGCCAUCGGCGCACAUGACAGAAGAGCAGCGUGGAAAGACCAGGAGAGAGAAACUGAGAUUUUUAUUCAACAUGCACGAUACAGACAACGAUGGGAUAAUAACUCUAGAGGAAUACAGACAUGUGGUGGAGGAGCUGUUAUCUCGGAGUGGGACACUGGAGAAGGAAACAGCCAAAUGCAUUGCUGAUGCAGCCAUGUUGGAGGUGGCCAGUAUUUCAGUGGGUCACAUGGAGCCUGAUGAAUUCUAUGAGGGCAUCACAUUUGAGCACUUCCUCAAGUUGCUGGAAAGAUUUGAAAUUGAAUCGAAAAUGACCAUUCGCUUUUUGAAUAUGGACACGACAACCUUGUGUAAGUGAUGUCGGUAUGCUGAACCAUGAGCUGCAAAAUGACGUUUUCACUGUAUUGUCUGUUUAAGUUUAUUGCUCGCACUGAAUAUAAGCCUUAUUCAUGUUUGAAUAACUAUGCAAAUCCUAAGACUAUAUAUAUACACAUGCUGGAUGUAUUUGAAGUAAUCUGACUGUUAGCAAUACUUGAGAUAAUUACUACGCACUUCUAGCAGUUGGACAAAGCAAUAUUAAUCAAAUAUCCAGUGCUAGCUAACCAACAAUAUGACUCUAUGCAUGCAAGUAUGGAUGCUUGAUAAACAUCUAAAAAUGUUAUUGCCAUAAAUCAAUAAGUCUCAGUAGUCAGGGAUAUAAAGAUCUGUCUUUAAAUGUAUCUGGAUAUGUCUCUAUUAAGACAACAGCCUUUUAUUAAUGUCACAAACAUGAACCUUCUUGGUGCAUGCUCUUCAUGUUGUAUUUGCACAAUAAAUGACCUGAUGAAACUGUCCUGACUUCAGUUCAUGAUGUGGAUACUUGAUAACAGGAAAUGGGAGUGCUGUUCUGCAUGAAUAAAUGCUUCACGGAAGAAUCGGUUUAACAUUUAAGAAGAAAUUCAUGAUGUGAAUUUCAUUUAAGUCAAACCCCUUUUCAUGUCAAUUCUGCUUCGUCAUGCAGAGGUCAUUACUCCCUUUUAUGGUAACUGGCUGUAGAGGGAAACAGUCUGGUUACAUUAAAUGUUGGAACUAAAGUGAUCACAGGAUUUCUCAGAAAAGUCAACGUACCCUGAGAAUGGAUGACUCAUAGAAAUGGUUUUCAUUAAUUGCUUUGUCUGUGGUAUAGAAUUUCCUUCCGAUACUUAUACUUGGCAACUUCUCUUUAAUGAUGAAAAGACGUCACAACACAAGGUUAGUCAGAGAUCAAAGAGAAACCUUGUUUGGUGUCUGUAAGCUAACGGGCUUCGUGUGAGACUGUGACGUUCUGAUGUACAAAAGCAUCAUUUUACAGCUUUACUCAUUAACGAGGAACUUAAAAUCGGGGAAUAAAAUCUUACGUUUGCAAUCCUAGAAAGCAAGACUUAAAAAAAAAUGGCUGGCAACUUAGGAAAGUGGAACGCAUAAAAUAGGAAGUCAGAUUUUUCCUGGUGGCUGAGUGUUUACAGUAUAAACCACAUACAAUAACCAAAGUAUCCCUAUUUUAAGUGUGGCUGAAAAAUGACCUCUUUUGAUUUUUCUCAUCCUGUUUUCUCCCCAUGUGUCUGUAGCUCUACUGUCACAACACCAAAUGGGCUUAAAAUAUGAAAAAUAACUGAAAUACCUUUAAAAAAACAACAACCCUAGUUUGUUAACAUGAAUGGAUGUUAGUCUUAGAAAUGUUUUUUGCAGUGGUGCAUCAUGACUUUAAAUAAUGACUUGAACCCCUGGUCCAUACUGCCCCCCACAGGUCAAACCAUGUCAAAGCAUAUAAAAUGAUCAUGGCCAUGCACCUGCUUCUCUUGUGGUAACUUGUGUCUUCAUCUAUAGAAGAUGCUUCAGAUAAUAAAACUUUAUCAUUACUCGUGUAGAUUCACUGAUCUGCCACAGAAGCAUAUGUCACUGUGCAACUUUGGCCUUUAACUUCACAAAGCUGCACUUGUGAUGAUACUUGUCGCUUCUGUUUGGUGACGUCUAAUUUAAGAAGGCUUCGGUGUUUUAGUGGUCCCACAUUGUCGUGACCAUGUCUGCUGAGCAUGACCUGUGUGUCAGUGAAAUAACAGACACUACUGAUUUCCACCCAGUAGGCAGUAGUCGUGGGUUAAUCAGGGGGGGAUUCAAGAGAUAUUUUCGGAACAACUUGACUACAAUGUAGACUGGAGAAUGACUGUUGCCCUGAGGUACCCUCUGUGUUUGUGCCUUAAAUAAGCCAGAGUUAUAAGAGGGAACUUGAUUCAUGACCCAGAGUGAAUCCCCCUUCUACUUCCAGUUUCCCGACAGCUUGUGACCUGAGGAAAGUUUAGCUAAGAAUUACUUCACUCCAGCAUAUAUCCUUAUUGUCACUGUGUACAGAGGUGACAUCUCUGGAGAACCUGUUCAUUAUCUGUGUGGUGUUUUUUUGUUUUUGUUUUUUUUGGGGGGGGGG